AUGUCAACCUCUUCAGCACAUUUCUUGGCAAAUAUCACCACUGAUUUUUAUACAGGGCUGGUGUCAACAACAACUCCUCCUGACACAACUCCUCCCUAUGUUGGCUACGUAUGUGCCUUAGUAGCCGUUAUUUUUUAUGGGAGCAAUUUUGUACCUGUUAAACAAUUUGAAACUGGAGAUGGUAUGUUUUUCCAGUGGAUUUUGUGCAGUGGAAUAUUCAUAGUGGGUCUAGUAGUCAAUAUUGUUCGAAGGAGUAUCUUUUACCCCUUGGCAAUGGUUGGUGGAGUUGUUUGGUGUACAGGAAAUUUGUGUGUUGUUCCAAUCUUAAAAACAAUUGGCCUAAGUCUUGGUCUCUGUCUGUGGGCCACAGCCAACUUGCUAGCAGGUUGGUUCAGUGCAAGGUUUGGGAUGUUUGGAAUAAAGAAAGAAAUUCCUGGAAAUGAAAUAAUGAAUGACAUAAGUGUGUUUCUUGCAGUACUGAGUGCAGUUGUGUACACCCAAGUAAAGAGUGACAUCAGUAUGUCCCAAGUCAUUCAACGUGUUGAAGAUCCAGACUAUGAAACAGGAAUUACUCAAGCAACAGGUUCAUCAAGUAGACUUGUAUCUGCUGCAGAAUCUGAAACAAUUUACAUUGUUCAGACCAAUACACAAGAUAAACAGGGACUCUCCUUCUUCGAAAAGUUACCUCCCUUGGAAAAAAGGCUUCUUGGUAUUACUUUAGCAAUAAUUUCUGGGAUUUUUUAUGGUUUGAACUUUACUCCUGCCAUCUACAUUCAAGAUCGAAUUAAAAGUUCCAGUAAAAAUGGUAUUGACUAUGUCUUUGCCCAUGUCUGUGGUAUUUUCAUGGCUAGUACACUUUACUUCAUUAUUUAUGUAAUUUAUCAACGUAACAAGCCAAAGAUCUAUCCCACAGUGAUAUUACCGGGGCUGUUAUCUGGCGUCAUGUGGGCUGUGGCAACUGCAUGUUUUUUUGUGGCUAAUGAAGUCCUUUCUGAACCUGUAUCAUUCCCUAUCAUUAACACUGGUCCUGCACUAAUUGCAUCUGGUUGGGGAGUUUUACUCUUCAAAGAAAUUACAGGGAAAAAAAACCUACUGAUUCUCUCAUUCGCCUUUUGCUUGACUAUUUCUACUGGAGUUUUGGCUGGAUUCUCCAAAUCUACUUCAUAG